CCUCCUCUUUAACAUCACCAUGAAUGUUCUGAAAAAGUAAGAACAUAAACUGAAACUCGAGUCUUGUCAGCACAACAGAUCUUUUCACAAAAGAUGGUUUCGGUGGAGGAUCCAUUACCUCACUCAAAUUCAACCAGGUUCCCGUUAACAACCGACUUCUACGGCUCGUCUUCCCCGUCGUCGGCGGCGAAGAUACACCGUCAAGUCGGCCGGUCGAUGAGGACGGUGAGAUCUAACUUCUACCAAAGCGGCGACCAAUCCUAUUCCUUCGUCAGCUCCGUCGGCGAUAAAUCGGAGUACGCGUCGGAGUAUCUCUCGGACUCCGUCAUCGACAUGAGACUCGGCGAGCUCGCUCUGAAGAACAGUAACUCACUCCACUCGGUCGCCUCCUCGUCGAAAGAGGAAGCCUUUCUCGACAUCUCUCAGGCGUUCAGCGAUUUCUCCGCCUGCAGCAGUGACAUCUCCGGCGAGCUGCACCGCCUCGCCUGCUUGCCGUCGCCGGGCACCGACAGAACUGAGAACGUCGGAGAGGGAGAAGCUCAGGAUCCGGAGCCGUGUCUAGGGUUUCUCGAGAGGGAGAACUUCUCCACGGAGAUCAUCGAGUGCAUCUCCCCGGAAGAUCUGCAGCCGACGGUGAAGCUCUGCAUCGACGGGCUUCGCUCCUCUUCCGUGGCGAUAAAACGAUCCGCCGCCGCGAAGCUGAGGCUCCUGGCGAAGAACCGAGCUGAUAACCGAGUGUUGAUCGGCGAAUCCGGAGCCAUUCAGGCGCUGAUUCCGCUUCUCCGCUGCAACGAUCCGUGGACGCAGGAGCACGCGGUGACGGCUCUGUUGAAUCUCUCUCUCCACGACCAGAACAAAGCUGUGAUCGCCGCCGGAGGAGCUAUCAAGUCUCUCGUGUGGGUUCUCAAGACGGGGACGGAGACUUCGAAGCAGAACGCGGCGUGCGCGCUGCUCAGCCUCGCGCUAGUGGAGGAGAACAAGAACUCGAUCGGAGCUUGCGGCGCGAUCCCGCCGCUUGUUUCUCUGCUGCUGAACGGGUCUUGCAGGGGGAAGAAGGACGCGCUCACGACGCUUUACAAGCUCUGCACGCUUCAGCAGAACAAGGAGAGAGCGGUUACCGCCGGAGCGGUGAAGCCGCUGGUGGAUCUUGUGGCGGAGGAAGGGACUGGGAUGGCGGAGAAGGCGAUGGUGGUUCUGAGCAGCCUGGCGGCGAUGGAGGAAGGCAGGGAGGCUAUCGUGGAGGAAGGAGGGAUCGCGGCGCUAGUGGAGGCUAUCGAGGAUGGGUCUGUGAAAGGGAAAGAGUUUGCGGUCUUGACGCUGUUGCAGCUUUGUGCUGAUAAUGUCAGGAACCGUGGGUUGCUUGUGAGGGAAGGUGCGAUUCCUCCUCUCGUGGGUCUCUCUCAGAGCGGCGCCGUCAGCGUUAGAGCUAAACGCAAGGCAGAAAGACUACUGGGUUAUCUUAGGGAGCCAAGGAAGGAGGGAAGUUCAUCAUCAAGCCCUUGAAAUGGUUCCCUAGAAUGAAACCAUUAUGGACGUUUUUUCAUCAGUCUAGUAUUGUAUAUACUGAGUGUAUGUUUGGUGGUUUUGUAUAGCUAUCUUUGUGUAGACUGUAAAAGGAGAUCAAAACGAGUCCCAGAAACUUUGACUACUUCUGAUCUUUCUUGUAUUUGCUGUUAAGCUUAGUUUUAUGUAUGUGAGUGCUAUUUGGAUUACAAAUCUAGCAUUCAGGUCUUUGUUGGUGUGUGAGGGGUGGUUGAAUUUGCUGAUUUUUAAGGCAAAAAGAUUGUAGCGUCGGCGCAAAUGCAUGUUUAAGAGAGCAUAGCAAUUAUAAUCAAAUAUGUCUUGAUCAAUUAUUUAAUCUCUUAUCUGAAUCAAUUAUUUUGUUUGGAUC